AUGGCGUCGGACUUACCGCCGGAGCAACAUGCCUCCUACAGCGCCAUCAUCGACAACAUUCUCGCCACCGCCGACCUCUCCACCGUCUCCGCAAAGCGCAUACGCAAGGGUCUCCAAGAACAGGUCGACUACGACAUUACACCGCAGAAGGACGCAAUCACAGAACUCAUAAUGCAACGCUUCGACAAAGUCUCCAAAGCCGCCGCCUCUCCCUCACCCGCCUCUGCUGCCGAACCAGCUCCCACCGCCAACGGCCACAUCAAACCCGAACCCCAGCCCGAAUCCUCCGCGCCCACCUCCCCACCUAAACGCAAAGCCUCCGCCUCCGCCGACUCCGAUCUCAGCGACGUCGCCUCUCCGCCCGCCAAAAAGCCUAAGAAAGCGCCGAAAGUGAAGACCGAGACCGACGAGCAGAUCGCUAAGCGCAUGCAGGCGGAGUUUAAUGCGUCUUCAGGCCGCGCGACUAGGGGUGGUGGCGUGACGAAGCGCAAACCCGUGGCGAAAAAGGUCAAGACGCCGAAGAAGAAGAGCAAAGCCAAAGUCAACAGCGACGACGACAGUGAGGUGCACAACUCGGACUCCGAUGCUAAGGAAGCCAAAGUGCGGAAAGGCGGCUUCCACAAACCAAUGCACCUCUCCCCCGCCCUCACCUCCCUCCUCGGGCACUCCGAGCUCUCGCGCCCGCAAACGGUCAAGAAAAUAUGGGCCUACGUGAAAGAGCGUGACCUGCAAGACCCGAGCGACAAGCGGCAGAUACGCUGCGACGAGGCGAUGCGCGCGGUGUUUAAGCAGGACAAGGUGCAUAUGUUUACGAUGAACAAGCUUUUGGCGCAGCAUUUGUGGCCGGUGGAGGAUGCGGGGGAGGGGGUGAAGGGGGAGGUGGUGAAGGAGGAGGAGGAUGAGGAGGAGGAGGAUUAG